AUGGCUGCUUCCGUGGUUAGGUGGUUGAGGGGAUUGUACGUUUUCUUUUUGACAUGUCUGCUAUCAGUUUUGGCAUUCUUGAAUCUAGAGGAAUUGAACGAGAUGAAAUAUGGGAUCCAGAUUCUUCCCGAUCCCGUCAUUAUGGGACAGGUGAGGCGUGAAAUAAAGAUAUUCUAGUUUACGUUAGCUAGCAUGCAUGGUCUCAGCGAUUCUGUCCAGUUCGCUAUCUAUUGUAGGUAGCUAGUGUGGAGUCAGAUGGCUAGUAGCUUGCUAACGUUAGAGUCAGAGUCUAAGACUAUUUCGUGAUAUUUGAAUUAAAUAAUAAUGCACUAGCUAGCUAUAGAAUUAGAUGUAGUAACGUUAUAGUGCUGCUAGCUAGCGCGCCUGUCAAAAAUGCGAACAGCUAACGUUAACACCUAAAAUGCAGUCAAUAACAGUAGGCUAACGUUACCGUUAUGUACAGACAUAUACAUUGUGCGAACUGUUGCUACCCACUAAUAUGUAGCUAACUGGCCCUAUCGUUUAGAAAACGCAGUUUCAAGUUGACAGCAGCAAUCAGAUAGCAUCUCGUUAACUAGCUAUGUAGUACAGUCUGUUUUAUCUAACGUUAUGUCAUGUUUUUCACACUGCAGGCUAAGACAGAAGAAGUCAUGCUGGUGUCCAACAAAUACAAGCAGAUGUAUGAAUGUCGCCUUCCAGCCCAGGCAGUGAGGUUUCACCAGGACCGAGCCUCUGAGCCUGACUCCCAAGGCUACACCGGACCAGGCAUCGCAGACCUGCUCAAGCCCAUGCACACGGCCCCCUGCCUAGUAAAGGUCAGACACACACACGCAAGAAGACUAAGGGGAGGAAUACUAUAUCACUGCCUAGAGACAACGGUGCUUCAUAUUGCAUCAAUGUCUAAACUGUUUUCACCCCUGACCUCUUUACACCAGAACUAUUGCAGACAGUUAUAAAGUGAUGCUUUUAAUGAAAUGGAAGACCAUACGUUUAGUUGGCCCUGGUUGGAUGCUUGCAAUGAGUUGUGCAACUUGUAUUGACAGUUAAAUCCCUUGCGUGCUUAUCUGAUUGGUCGGUUUGCAUAACCUAACCCUGCAAAUUGUCUCUACAAUAUUGUCUCUACAAUAAGCUACCUCUCUCUUUACUGUAUAUGGAUGAAGAGGUCACUCGGAAGGUUGAACUUGUAAUCUACCGGACCUUGAGUUGGACAGACUCCAUAUGCAUAUUAGAAAUCAACUUCUCCAUAUAUGGCAGCAUAGACUAUUUGCUAUUUCUUCUAGUAUUGUAAGGCCACUGUCAACAUGGAUAUGAAAUGUCAUAGCAACUGAAACGUUGUCAUUCUCUAUGACUGCAGACGAAAGACUGGUGGACAUAUGAGUUCUGCUAUGGACAACACAUUAGACAGUACCACCUAGAGGGUAAGAUUUAUUUUCAACAACUGUUUUUGCCAAAAGUGAACACAAGUAGCAACAGCUGGAUCAUCUUGUUUGUACUCACUGUUUACACUUUCAGCAUGUUUAUUUAAGAUCCCCAUGUCAUUAUGUACUUCUCUGGUGUUGACCUGUCUAGUGUUGACCUGUCUAGUGUUGACCUGUCUGUCAAGUGCUGCUGCAUCACAUGGUUUACCUGAUGCUACUUUGUCUAUUUAGAUUUAGGCCAUGCCUCAAAUGAUGGUCUGUUUUUAUCUCUCCACAGACACUGACAUCAAAGGGGAUGUUCUCUUCCUGGGGUACUAUGAUUCAGAGUUUGACUGGAACAAUGAAACAGCCAAGGUAAACGGUUUGUUUCUCUGUUGCAUGCAGCCACCCUCCUCUCUCCCCUUAUAGGAUUUUGUCAUACUUUGUGGUGUUACUGUAGUAUGUGUUUAUAACUCUUCUCAUACAAAGGACUAAAGCAAGAGUUUUUAGAUGUAUACUUGCUGUAAAACAUGCAAGAGGCAUGUUGUAUAAGCCAAUUGAAAAAAAAAUAACAGAAAAAUCUCAAGCUGUUUAGAUUUGUAUUCUACUUUGUUAUUAACCCAUUUUAAUAUAGUUGAAUUAAGGUUAGAGUGAGUGCUUGGCAGGUACGGGCUGCUUGUUGAUUUUGGAACACAGCAUGUACCUUGUUCAGGUUGAUGACAUGAUGAGGGAAAGAACAGCAUGAGCCUGUUGACUUGACUGCUACAGCAGAAGUGACUCCCUCCCCUGAGACUCACCCGCUGUUUCAAGUUGUAUUAGUCGUAUGUACAGGAUACACAUGGUAUACACCGUCCAACUAAAUGCUUACUUGCAGGUUCCUUCUCGAAAUGCAACAACAAUAAGAAAUAAGAAUAAAAGAUAAGAAUACAAACAUAAAGUAAAUGGCUCAGUAGAAUAGAAUAAACAUUUAAGCAUAAGUAUAAUACAGGAAGGCAAAAUUGAUUGUACAAUAUUUACACAGGAAAGGGGGUGGGGGGGGCGGCAAGUGUUUAAAUUUGAUGUGAUGGUCCGUGCAAUUUGAUGAUACAGUAGAAUAUCUGGCAAAUACGAACUUCUCUUUCUCUCCCUCCCUGGCGCCCAGGCCUCCAAGCAGCACAGACUGAAGCGCUACCACAGUCAGAGCUACGUCAACGGCUCCAAGUGUGACCUGAACAGGAGCCCCAGGGAGACUGAAGUCAGGGUGAGAGACUAUGAGAUGGUGUCUUAAUAUUGCAAUAAAUAUCAGUAAGGACAACCUGUGUUUUAUAUUGUAUUUAAUAAAUCUUGUAAAACUGCAAACACAUUAGAUAUGACUGGUGUGACUCCUUGGCAAUCCAUGACCUCUGACCCCUGAUCUGCUCUGCUCUGGUCUAUGUCUUCCAGUUUGUGUGUGAGGAGGGCUCGGGGGACUACGUGGCCCGUGUGGACGAGCCCCAGUCGUGCCGCUAUGUGCUGACGGUCCACACCAGCCGCACCUGCCAACACCCCUUCCUGCUCCUGCCCUACACCGCCAAGCCCCAGGGCGUUGUGUGCCAGCCAGCCCUCAGCACCCAGCAGUACAUGGACUAUGUCAAGGCCCAAGUCUGUGAGUCAACAGGGGGCUGGGGGUCUUUGGGAGGGUGCUUAGCCUACAUGUACUGUGACAUAAAGCCUGGCUAAAUAUUUUAAUUGGUACUUCCCUAAUUUCACAAGCCCUAAGGAAUAAUGUAACUCUGCUUCUCUCUCUCUCGCUCUGUCUGUCUGUCUUUCAUUUUCAGCUGAUACGAAACGUAAAGUGGAGCAGAUCUCAGAGGAGCUGAAGACUCUUGAUGAGAUGUUGGCUGGUGACGAGGGGACUGACGAGGGGAUAGACGAGGACUCAGCGAUGCCAAUUGAUGACCCAGACGUCCUGGGGUCAGACACAAAAGGUGCAAUGCCCAUUUGUUUAAUCUAAGUCCUUUAUUUAUUGGACGUGUGUGUUGGUCUGAUACUAGACAGCUUGCUUGCAGGAUUCUAUAAUGAAAGUAUCAUAUUAAGAAAUAAUCAGUCCUCUUGAUUCAUUCCUGUUGGGCCAGAUGCAGUUGUCACCUCUGAAGAGCCAGAGGAUUCUGAUUUCUGGGAGGGAGUGACAAAGCCAGGGAGUACCACAGCAACUGACACCACUUCAGAGCAUCAGGUACACAGUCAGUGAUCAUCAUAAUAUCUUUGAACUUAUGCCUUAGUCUUCCACAAGAUGGCACCAACAGUGUUUUGUUUUCACAGGCUGGAGAGGAUGCCUAUGAUAAUCAGCUCACAGACAAUGAGGUCACAGAGGAUGGUAAUGUAUUAAACUGGCAUUUAAAAAAAGUAUCACUGCAAUAUCACAUCUGAUGCUUUCAAGUCUUUUCCUUUUGGUUAAUAUCCAUCUGGUGUUUUUGAUUUCUCACAGCUUUUGGAGAUGAACAAUUCAACUUCAAGAUCAUCACCGACCCUGCAGACCUGAUGAAAUUUGUGCAGCAUCUCAAAGAGAGUAACAGAAAGGUUAGUGCUGCAUUUAGGCCAUGGCACAGUUGACUUUUACCCAUAACAAUGUAUUAAUAAUGCAGUGACAUUUUUGUGCUUUUAAUUUCAAUAUGGUUAAUUCUGACUUCCUUAUCAGAAAGCACAAAAUGAAGCCAAACAAGAACGAGAGGAACUCAGAAAGGAAAAGGAGAGGCAUGGAGGCGAGGAUGAGGAGGGGGAUGAAGAAGAGCAUCUCCUGCUGCAGGAGUUUGAGGAGGAGAUAGCUGACAUCACGGUGCCUUCUGCCAACAUCGAGGAAAUGAAAGAGGAAAUGAAAAAAGGGUUUGACAACAUCAUAGACGAGGUGCGAACAGACACUAGAGAUGCUAGACAGGCUGUAAAUGGAUCUCUGUAAUAGAACAGGUUAUUGUCUGGAAUGAUGUGUUUCAAGUUAUUGAGUGCUCAACCACAUUAUGGGCCAAACAUGUGAGGUAGAUGGACAUCUAAAUUAUCAUUAUUAUUUUGUCAAAAUUUUACAUAAUUUCAGUCAUAUUUACUUGAUUGUUACUGUUGAUAGGCUCACUGGUACGGUCUUCCUUUGCUUGAUGGGUUUCUAUUUGUGUUCUAGGCUCAGCAGGAGCUGGAGACAGAGGGUCUGAAGGGGGAGUUUGACCGCACUCAGGCAACCCAGACCCUGGAGGCUACUCUGGACAAGCUGCUGGACCGCCUAGAGGACAAAGAGGCAGAGCCCCAGACAGAGGGAGGCCAGAGGGCCAACGACCCAGCCAGGGGCAGUCCCAGCCUAGCCCCGCGACAGCCAGGUAACUGGGCUCUCUGCCUGGGGCUCCACCCUCUGGGCCUGGGUGUAUGUGUUCAUAGAUCAUACAUCUACAUCUGUGUAUAUUCAUUUCUAUGUAGAUGUCUGUCAUCAUUUCUUGUUCCAUCUCAUGUUCAGUACCCUUGGAGAUGCGCUGUUCAAUGCUCAGGGGAGAAUAAAACGGCUGUAGGCUAUGUCAGCAUACUGACAGGCCCAUAUAUAGAGAAAGGGCAUCAUAGAAUACCGGUAGUGAAUUGAAAACUAUGAGAGAUCCCACCCACAUUCCUGGCUUUAACUCCUACAUCCUGUUGCCCUACUUAUACUUGUUGGGAGGUGACCUCUGUUGUUUGUCCCUCUUUUGUCUCGUCACCCCAGACCAAGCGGCUGACGAUCAUGUUAAGAUCAGAGUUACUAAGUAUAAGACAGGCAGCAGUCCCGAUGGGGAGGUCAAAGUUCAGGAGAUGGGCGAAGGCGACCCCCAGUGGCAGCACAUUAAGGACGUGGUUAAAGAACAGCUAGAGAAGGCGGGACUGAAGGCCGAAGGUAGGAAGGGGAGUGCCCAAAAACACACAGCCCGUCUCUCUCUUUUCCUCCUGAUAUAUUUAGCAUAUGAUCAUAUCACUCUCUUCUCAUCUAAUUUGGGCUAUUUAGGUCAGGUUCCAAAAAUAGAAGGGGGUCACUGGCAAAACAGAGCUACGCAUUGCAUGAUCAUCUCUUAUCUGUUGAAAUGUGUUUUUAAAUUCCCUUCUUCAAUCUCUGUUGGUGUGUGGCAAAGUUAAUGUGUGAACAUAUUAUCCGAGGAAGCUUCUGGGUGUGCUUGCGAUAUUAACAUUUCAAAAUAGGCUUAUCUGAUUUAGGCCUCACAUAGCAUAAAAUAUCUAUUUAAAAGAGGUGUAGAUGCAAUAGUGACACUGAUGUCUCAUCCAUUUUCAUCAUCUGUCUUUUAUGUGUUUUCCAUGUCCUGUUUCUAUUAUCUGUUCGCAUUUCUUAUAUUAUUGCUUACUGUAUGUGGUAUUGUGCUAGAAGCUUUUCAAUAGGGUUGCUGGCUGAUAUUUAUGUUUGUGCACAUUUCAAGCUGUCCAUGUGCUAAUGUAUGUUUGGUGUAUAUUUAUAUGUGAAUGAGAGGUUAGACAAUGUGGUAUUUUUGCCUGUUUGUGUGUAUGUGCUUUGUUGUUUGGUGUAUGUGAAACACCUGUUAGUAUUAUAACGUUGCUAGAUAUUUUUUAAGGUAAAAUUGAGGUGAAGAUUAUAACACGAAGGACAGCUGAGGAGGCUGGGGACCAGUGGUUGACUGAAGAAGAUACCAAGUCCUUCAGAGAGCUGCUCAUCAACCUACUGGUAAUUACAAUUAAAAGGAUCAACCUUUCAAAUAUACUACAGAGUUUUCUUUUCUGUCUAGAAAAAGGGUUUUUGAUAUGUGUUGAAAGAUAUCUGUAAGGACAUUUUCUCCAUUUGGUUCAACGACUGCUCUCAAAACCAAUAUAAGCAAUUGAUAGAGAGUAAAGCAGUUCAACAUUCUGGAAGAAGCCUUUAAGUAAUAUGAGUAAUUGUGUGUGCUAUUCUUUUGAUCUGCCCUGAAUGUCUCUCAGACGGGGGGAACAGAAGAGGUUUACAAGGAGCAAAAGAGACAGCAGGAGUUGGAAAACAACUACAGAUUUGUAUGGGGAGAGAGACAGAAAGAGGCCCAGUCCACCAGUACUGCACCGGACUCAGACGAUGUGGAGUUAUGAGCUCUUGGGAGACGUUUCCUCGUAUCGUGGGAACCAAGCACCUGUGGAGGCUAGAAGACAGGGAGUGUCCCACUCCCCUGUCAGAACUCUGAACUCACUGCUAAGUCUCAGCUGCCCCUGGACCCCACUGGUAAAACCAGUGUCCACAAACACACCUGUUUCCACACUCAGAAAUGUGUUGUGUCCGUAUCAGGCACUUAUGUACCUUGCACAAACCAAUCCAAAUGUUUCAGCUGUGGUAGUGUAAUAGUGUCAGGUUUUGUUUUCUCUCCUCUAGUGGGAGGCCAAUGUGAUGGCUGAAAAUGCAUUAUUUCAAUGUUGAUCGCUAUCAGUUGGGAUGAGAGGAGGGUGAAAAACACCAUGGACUGGACAAUUUGCACAUGUGAAAAUGUAUAUUUCUUGGACUGUAAAUGAGGUUGAACUUUGCAUUUCUACAGAACUAUGAUGCCCUCUCGUUCUGUAUCCGCACAGCAGUGCUUAUAAUUACUCCUCUGUAUUUGUUUGCUGCUCUACACUCAUUAAAUCACCUCAAUGAGUGAUGCAAUAGAGGAAUUGACCUGGUAUUUACACUUGGCUUCACAAAACUGGAUGAAUACAAUAUGUUUGCAAAAGGAGUGUUCUGUUCAAUUUAUCUUAAUGUUUAGAAAUUCUGCAAUGUUUAAAAAGAAUCCAGGUUCGAAAUCCUGAAAAAGAGUGAGAGCCACAUGCUGUUGUAGCCUGGGUACCAGUCUCUCCACUCUCUCUACUCCAUGUAAUGUGCCAAAGGGACUGGCCUUUCUGCUAUCUUCAGUGAACAUUCUAUUAUUAAUGAGCUCGAGCAGAACAGAGGAUUUGAUCCUGAUUAGAUCGGUACCAUGUCACUUU